UCGGCGCACCUCUAGUCCCUCUGUGUGUUCCAGUGACCCCAGUGAAGAUGAAACCCUCUGCCUUUGUCGUUCUGGCUGCCCUCAGCUUGGCCCUGGUCGAUGGACGUCCCGGUGCCAGUGGCUAUCUGCCGCCCCUGCCCCUCAAGGAGGUGUCCGCUGCGCCCAGCUUCCAGCAGGUGGUGCAGCCACAGAUCCAGCAGCAGAUCCAGAUCCAGCCCCAGGUCCAGGCCCAAGUGGAGUCCAUCAAGGCCUCCAUCCCGCUGGCCAGCUUCACCAUCCAGUCUGGCGGACAGCAGCACUACCAGAGUGCUCCGGCUCCAGUUCCGGUUUCCAUCCCUGCCCCUGCUCCCGUGUUCAUCCCUGCCCCUGCUCCAGUCUCCAUCCCUGCCCCUGCUCCCGUUUCCAUCCCGGCACCUGCUCCAGUUUCCAUCCCUGCUCCUGCGCCUGCUCCAGUUUCCAUCCCUGCCCCUGCUCCGGCUCCCGUGGAGAUCGCCCAGCCAGCUCCCCAGGUGAUCUACGAGGCACCCAAGCCGAUUGUGUCCACCCAGACGGCGGUGAGGAACGCCUAUCUGCCACCCACUCCCGCCCAGCAGUUUGUGCCUGCCCCAGAGCCAGUGGUUGAGACCGUUGCACCACAGCAGGAGACCAUCACUACCACUUACUCGGCACCUGCUCCUGCUCCUGCUCCAGUUCCCGCACCUGUUCCAAUUGCGGUGCCAAUUCCAGCUAUCCAUGAACAGCAUCAGGUGGUGCAUCAGACCUACUCCGCUCCUGCUCCAGUGGUUCAGCAAACCUAUUCUGCUCCAGCUCCAGUGGUUCAGGAACAGACUUACUCUGCCCCGGCUCCGGCUCCAGUUGCUCAGCAGACCUACUCCUACUCGGCUCCAGUGGUUCAGCAGGCUCCUGUUAUUCAGCAAGCUCCUGUGAUUCAGCAGGCCCCAGUGGUUCAGGAAGUGGUUCAGCAGGCUCCUGUGGUUCAGGAAGUGGUUCAGCAGGCUCCUGUGGCUCAGGAAGUGGUUCAGCAGGCUCCUGUGGCUCAGGAAGUGGUUCAGCAGGCUCCUGUGGUGCAGCAGACCUACAGCGCUCCUGCUCCAGUUGUUCAGCAGACUUACUCUGCUCCGGCUCCAGCUCCAGUUGCUCAGCAGACCUACUCCUACCCAGCUCCAGUGGCUCAGCAGGCUCCUGUGGUUCAGGAAGUGGUUCAGCAGGCUCCUGUGGCUCAGGAAGUGGUUCAGCAGGCUCCUGUGGCUCAGGAAGUGGUUCAGCAGGCUCCUGUGGCUCAGGAAGUGGUUCAGCAGGCUCCUGUGGUGCAGCAGACCUACAGCGCUCCUGCUCCAGUUGUUCAGCAGACUUACUCUGCUCCGGCUCCAGCUCCAGUUGCUCAGCAGACCUACUCCUACCCAGCUCCAGUGGCUCAGCAGGCUCCUGUGGUUCAGGAAGUGGUUCAGCAGGCUCCUGUGGUUCAGGAAGUGAUUCAGCAGGCUCCUGUGGCCCAACAGACCUACAGUGCUCCGGCACCAGUGGUUGAGGAAGUGGUUCAGCAGGCUCCUGUGAUUCAGCAGGCGCCUGUGGUUCAACAGACCUACAGACCUGCUCCAGUGGUCCAGGAGCAACACUACAGUGCUCCUGCCCCCGCUCCAGUUGCCCAGCAGACCUACUCCUACCCAGCUCCAGUGGUUCAGCAGGCUCCUGUCAUCCAGCAAGCACCAGUGGUUCAGGAAGUGGUUCAGCAGGCUCCAGUGGUUCAGCAGACCUACAGUGCUCCUGCUCCUGCUCCAGUGACCUACUCCUACAAGGUUUCCCAGCCUGUGUCCAUUCCUGCUCCAGCUCCAGCUCCAGUCCAGGUGUCCCUUCCUGCCCCCGCCCCCGUGGUGAUCCCCGCUCCUGCUCCCGCUCCAGUGCAGCUGCAGCAGUCCUUUGUGCCAGCACCACCUGCCCCCAUUCCCGUCCAGCAGCCAUCCCAACCCAUUGUACAGUACACCCCACCGGCGGUGCAACAGCAGGUGACCUACACCCAGUCCGCUCCCGCCCCUGCUCCUGCUCCUGCUCCUCUGCCCGUGGAGGUCGGAACGACCUAUGCCGCCAACGGUGGUUACCUCUACAAGUAGGAUGCCCGUGAACGGACCCCAGCGGAGGUCCGAACUCGCAUCGAGUUGUGGAUCGAACGUUAAUCGCUGAUCGGUUCAUCUGAACUUAGUGUUACGUAGCCAAUUUCUAGCACAUUUUUUAUCGUUAUACAAUUUUUGUUACCUUUUUGUUGAUCAAUAAACUGUUUUUGUUAUAUG